AUGUCCAAGACCAUGGGCGUCACAUCUGUUGAGAUGCCAUCUCCUCAGAUGACCACAUCGUCUUCACUACGACGACUGAGCAUGGGCAUUCAAGGUCUUAUCGCUCGGCUGUCAGAAUGGUUGUUCGAUUGGACCCCUUUCGUCCUGGUAUCCACCUACUACAUCGCUUCAACUGCAGUAUAUACAUCAGCCACCGAAGGAACCAUCAAGGUCUUCUACUUCGUCUACAUGGCUGUCAACUUCUACAUUGCCAUGUGUACGGUGAUCGAAGCGUUUCUCGGCAUCUCCCCUCUUCGCGAAGCUAGGCAGGCAGCCUAUGAAGUUGAUCAGGAUAGCUCCCAAUUUCCAACGCCCGACGACAAGCUUCCAAUCAUCGACAUUGUGAUCGUGGCAUAUCUACCCAACGAACAGGACAUCGUCAAGGAUCAAGUGUGUUAUGCUUUGGAUGAGCUGGCCUAUCCUCGCAACAAGCUGAGAAUCAACCUUGUCUACAACACGCCAAAACCAAUCGAACCUCUGCAAUCUGAAUUGACAGAAAUGGAGAAACAAUACCCACAACUCACCGUCACCAAUGUCCCGGGUUCCAAAUCUAAAGCCGAUAACCUCAACUACUUUUUCAAGUCCAACACUGGCGCUGAUAUCAUCGCCAUCUUCGACUGCGAUCACUUCCCACACCCCUACAACCCUCGUUGGGCCGCUGAACGCUUCAUGAAAGACUCUUCGGUAGACAUCGUUCAAGGCCGUUGUGUGGUAUACAACACCAACGAGACCUUCUUUACCAAGAUGAUCGCCAUCGAGUUUGACAAGAUCUAUGCAGUUUCUCACCCAGGACGCAGUCGACUAUUCAACUUUGGCUUGUUCUGUGGCAGCAAUGGAUACUGGAAGGCUGAUCUUCUCAAGGGACAUCAGAUGCAUGGACACAUGUUGUGCGAAGAUAUUGAUUCAGCAUUGCGUGCUUACGGUGAGGGCAAGAAAGCCGUUCACGAUAUGAAUGUCUUGUCGUACGAGAUGGCACCAACCAACUUUGCAGCGUUUUGGAAACAACGCAUGAGAUGGGCACAAGGCUGGACUCAGGCUUCGCUGCGCCAUAUGCCCUUGAUCUGGAACAAUCCUCCUGACAAGAAGAGGGCUGUGAGUGAGAGAUUUGGUGUGCUGUCUCUGCUGUUUGUCAGAGAGAUCAGUUAUUAUCUGGUCACUCAGCACACUUGCCUGCUUUUGUCUUUUAUCAUUACCGGCUGGCCGAAGAACCCGGCAGACCUUGUCAAGUUGAUCUUCUUCCGAUACCCGAUGGCCGAAUGGUUCUUGUUUGCAACUGUCGUUUGUCUCAUCUUCACACUUGCGAUCACGCAAAUGGCUCGAUCAGAAUUCACGACUUUCUGGAUGAUGAUUCUGUUUUCAAUUGUUUAUACACCUUACCUUAUCUUGAUGGCUACUAUGGGACUGUAUGGCCAUGCACGACAGAUUAUUGGGUAUAGCAAAUGGAACGCUACGUCUCGCAAAUGA